AUGAAGACGUUACGGAAGGAACAGCAGGAGCAGGAGCACGACGAGGAGGAGGAGGCUAGUAGCAGCAUGGAUGUAGACGAGUUUGACGAGUUGUGCAGGGGCUUCCCGCAGAUAGAUCUGUCACAGUGGUCGUUGAGAUUCCAGCUGUCUACGUUCAUCAAGGACUUACAGGAUGGGGUUACGUUAAGUAGUGCGCUGAACAGGCUGCAGACGGUGAAGGCGUUGAUGGAGAGCAAGAUAGCAGGGUUUAGUGGGAGGCGGGCUGAUGGUGCGGCGGGGCCCCCCGCGGAGCGGCGAGAGGGGGAGCUGGGGGCGGAACGGAAACGAGGGGCCGGGCACGAGCCCUCAGCCGUUGGGCUUGCCAACGAGCCGAGGGAUAUGCCUAUAUUGCAUGAGCUGGCUCUGCCCAGGGAGACCACGAAGGACGAGCACCGCGGAUUGACGGAAUGGGACGACGCGUUGGCUGACCAGGAACAGCUGCGGGGGAGGAUCAGGCAGAUCUAUGCAUUGGAACAGGUGUCCGCUGAGCGCAAGGCGUGGAUGAUCCAGAAGUUGAUGAGUGGACAAUACGGCACCCCUCUUUCUGCAGACGCAGGCGCUGCGCGGGCGGGCGGAGAGAGCAGGUUCGGCGGCUAUUCGCCAACAAUGGGAGGAGCGCCGCCGCCGCCGCCGCCAGAGGCGGCGGCAGAAGAAAAGGCCGGAGCGCUUGGCUGCAGCCAUUACAUGCUGAAUUGUAAACUGUACUGCCGUGUGUGUGCGGGAUGGUACUCGUGCCGUUUUUGCCACGAUGAAACAAUCAGCAGCCAUCCAUUCCAGCGCCAGGAAACAGAGUGGAUCGUGUGCAUGCUGUGUAACCAGGUGCAACGUCCCAACACGUCAGGUUGCGAAGGCUGUGGGCAGGAAUUGGCAUUGUAUUUCUGUCGCAAAUGUGUUCUGUAUGACAAUGACGACACCAAGGACAUAUACCACUGCGAUAAGUGUGGGAUCUGCCGGCUUGGGCUGGGACUCGGACAGGAUUUUUUCCAUUGUGAUGGGUGCCAAGCGUGUUUAUCUAUGGAGUUGCAAGGCAACCAUCGGUGUAUUGAACGCGCUACCAUGUCCAACUGUCCCAUAUGCGGCGAAUACAUGUUUACGUCAGUCAAGCCAGUGGUGUAUAUGUCCCCAUGUGGACAUGCAAUUCACCAGCAUUGUUUCAACGACCACACCAGGCACUCCUACAAAUGCCCGCAGUGCCAGGUUACCGUCGUGAACAUGGAAGCGCAAUUUCGCAUCAUGGACAGGGAGGUGGACGACCAGCCGUUGCCAGAGCCCUACUGCAGAUGGAGAUGCAUAAUCCGCUGCAACGACUGCGGCGGGCGGUCCAACUGCGCAUACCAUAUUUUGGGGUUGCGAUGCAACAAUUGUCUGAGUUACAAUACGCAGCAGCUGCAGCUGCUGAAAUCUGAACUGGGAGACACGAACAAUAACCAAGAACACGGAGUCUCCCUACAAGACACGCAGAGCGUGGUGCGCCAGCGCCUGCUGCAGGCCAACUACCAACGGGAAACCGUGCAGCCGUUGAUUGACGUGGAAGACUAUAUGGGCCGCCUGGCGGUCGAAGCCGGCGGCGACGCCGCCGGCGACACCGCCAGCAGCGCCAGCAGCGCCAGCAGCUCCGCACCGCGGCCACCGCCGAUCCACCCUGCGGAACCACCACAGGGACUGGGCGCCACUCUCGCAGCAAAGGUCAAACGGUUCAUGACCGACCGCCCCGAAUCACCCUCCUGGACAGAACUGGCAAAGGCCUUCACACACUUCAUCGAACAAGGUACCUCCCUCCCCAGCAGCGACGACGACUCCAGCCCCGAACCCUAA